CACAGCACAGCCGGGUUGACCAGACGACCCCAAAAUCAACUUGGCAUAACCAUAUAUCCACUUGACCUUCGUCUAGCUUCAUCCGAUAUCACAUAGCUUACGCUAUCCAGCUGGGUUGGGUGAACGUUUCAACAUCCCAUACGCCAAGACAAGACCCCGAUAUCUCUAGGGACCCUAUCCUUACCUGUUGUCCAAUAUGGCACAGUCAAAGGUUGUCAUUUAUGCGAUGCGCAGGGAGCUUCGCUUGUCAGACAACCCCAUAUUCCACCACCUCGCCAAUCCAGAGUCGAAACACGGGUUUUCACACCUUCUCCCCGUGUACGUCUUUCCUGCACAACAGAUUGACCUCUCCGGCUUUGUUCCAAAGGGGAGUGAAAACCCACAUCCUGCCCCCAAAAGCGCCGUUGGAGGGUAUGCAAGAUGUGGACCAUAUCGUGCCAAGUUCCUGGCAGAGUCGGUUUGGGAUCUAAAGACAAGCCUUCAAUCGAUUGGCAGUGACCUCCUCGUCCGUGCCGGACCAUACAAGGAUGUCAUCAAGUCUCUGGUCGAAGGGCUCAAAGCAAAGGAAUGCCAAGUUGGAGCUGUAUGGAUGACAAGCCACGAAGGCUCAGAGGAGAAGAGUGACGAGAAGACUGUGGCAUCUUUUUGUGCAAAAAGUGGCAUAGAUUUCAAGCUAUGGGAUGACGAGAAAUACCUUAUCCACGAUCGAGAUACAGGUAUUACACAUCUCAACGAUCUCCCCGAUGUCUUCACCACCUACCGAAAACAAAUAGAGCCCUUGCGCGAGAAGGCAAGGAAGACAUUGCCAGUACCUGAAAAGGGGGCCUUGCCUGCAUAUCUCGACACAGACAUGAUUCCAAGUCAGCAAGCGCCAUUCAAUAUCCCAGGCACCUGCGAGGAGUUGGUUGACGCCGUCGUCAGGCCGGUGAAGAACUUCCUGAAGGACCUGCCAGACUUUCCGGAGAAGGCAGAAUCAUCCCACCCGUUCAGAGGCGGAGAGACAUCAGCUCAUAAGCGAAUCGACCAUCUCGUCAUGAGCGGAGGCAUGAAAAGCUACAAGGACUCCAGGAACGGCCUCCUUGGACCGGAUUUCAGCACCAAGUUGUCUGCGUACCUCGCACAGGGAUGCGUCACCGCUCGCCAGAUCCACCACGCUUUGGUGGCCUACGAGGAUGGAACGGGCACCAAGUACAAAGGGGCUGAUGGUUUUGGUGAAGGUGAUAAUCAAGGCACAGAGACCGUCAGAAUGGAACUCUUAUGGCGCGAUUACAUGAGGUUGUGUCACCAAAAGUAUGGUGACAAGCUUUUUCGCGUAGAGGGCUUCAAUGGCAAGCACACCGAUUACGAAGGUGAGGAUAAGAAGUACGGGUGGAGAACUGCCAAUACGAGCAUAGCGUUGCCUGGACAGGAACCUACUCCUGAAAAAGUUUCGGAGAUCCUUGCAAGGUUCAACGCCGGAACCACAGGCAUGGGACUUAUCGAUGCGUCGCAACGGGAGCUUAUACACACCGGUUACACAUCCAACCGGACACGGCAAAAUGUUGCUAGCUUUCUCGCCAAGCACUUGGAGAUCGACUGGAGAUAUGGCGCAGAGUGGUAUGAGAUGCUGCUCGUGGAUUACGAUGUGUCCUCCAACUGGGCCAACUGGCAAUAUGUAGCUGGUGUGGGCAACGACCCUCGCGGUGCGGCUCGGAUUUUCAACCCAGUCAAGCAGGCAUUUGACUACGAUAAGGACGGUACCUACGUUCGGACGUGGGUGCCCGAAGUAGCAAAAUUCGAGAACCUCGAGAAUGUUUUUCAGGCUUGGACAGCCUCCAAAGAGGACCUGAAGACGGCAGGCCUGGAGGGAAACAUCAUGGUUACGGAUCCGGUUAAGCCUAUAAAGUUUAACCUUGACCACAAGCCAUCCAAGGUCAAGAAACGCCCCUUCUUCAGAAAACGAGGUAUCAAAAGUCGAGAUGCCCAGGGUAGCGCUGAAAGCCCGGGUAGUAGCGAUGGUCACUCUGGCUCUGGCGGCAGUCCCGACGGUUCCGGUGGCAGCAACAUACCAUCCGAGUCUAAUUGCGUCGCCGCAGGGUCUGGCCAGGCGCAACAGACUUGUCAGGGCAGCGGCAGGUCACAGUCAUCAAGCAACCAUGGUGGGCGCUCGCACUCACACCAGCACAACCACCAUCACUCCCACCGCGGCAACGAUUAUACCCGGGGAGGUGGCGGUGGUCGUGGAGGUCGUGGCGGUGGAGGCGGCGGAUAUUCUGCGUCUCAAGGGUAUUACGGCAUUGGUGGUGGUUACCGUGGCGGCGGACGGGGCAGAGGCGGGGGAGGAGGAUUUCGUGGCCGGUAUGCUCCAACUGGGGGAUUAGGUGGACAUCAUCACCAUUCCGAGCAACAAGUAGCCUCACAAUUCCAGACUGACGCAUAG